AAAUCCCUAUAUAACCUCUCCCUCUCUCUCUCUCUCUCGCUCCCGCUCCCAUCAUGUGGACGAGAGAGUAGAAGCUCUUAAAGCACCUGGUUUGUUGUUUGUCGUCAUCAGUCACCUAAACUCAACAAUGGCAGCCACAGAACCUACUGCUCCGCCAACCGCCACACCGGAACCCAACAAUGUGCCGGAGAAGGCGCCAGUCGACCACUCUUUAUUCUCUAGAAUCCGACUGGCGACGCCGGCCGAUGUGCCUUUUAUCCACAAGCUAAUCCACCAGAUGGCUGUCUUUGAGCACCUCACCCAUCAAUUCUCCGCCACUGAAUCCUCCCUCUCCGCCACCCUCUUCAACUCUCCUCCUUUCCAAUCCUUCACCAUCUUCCUCCUCGAGCUCUCCUCCUCCCCUUUCCCUUCUCUUCCCUCUCCUUCCCCUCACUUCCCUCCACUCCAUCGCGUCAUCAACCUUGAUCUCCCCAUCGAUGACCCAGAGAGGACUGACUUCCUCUCCGAUUCUCUCGGCGACGCCGUCGUUGCUGGAUACGUGCUCUUCUUCCCCAAUUACUCUACCUUCGUGAGCAAGCCUGGGUUCUACGUGGAGGACCUGUUCGUGAGGGAAUGUUACAGGAGGAAAGGGAUGGGGAAGAUGCUUCUAACGGCGGUGGCCAAACAGGCGGUGAAGAUGAAUUACAGCAAGGUUGGAUGGGCUGUUCUUGAUUGGAAUGUGAAGGCCAUUAAUUUCUAUGAGCUGAUGGGCGCUGAGGCGUUGCCGGAAUGGAGGAUUUGCAGGUUGACUGGUGAGGAUCUCCAGGCUUAUGAGAAUGCUAAGAUCUAAGAAAACUCAAACUUGAAGUAGGAUUUAAGAAUCCCGGGUUUAUUAACAUUUGAGGAAUCAAACGCAGGGCUGAAGUAUGAUUUUAUUAGGGUUAUGGGGUUUUCUUCUUUUCUCUGGGAAAAUCUGAAUGUGUUUGGAUGCAUUUUGGGGACAGAUUAAAACUGGGUAAGUAAUAAGAUUAUGUUGUCUGUUGAAGCUGAUCUUGAUCAGUAGUAUUUCUGUUUUCUGCUAAUAGUAAUUGUAAAAUCAGACUCUUUUAACAUGAAAUCAAAUGCCCCGGCUGGAAAGUCUUUCUUUUUA